AUGGAGAAGGAAACCGGCGGCGUCACCCGCGAGCCGGUCGGCCUGGCCGUCACCGAAGAUGUCAACCGCAUCGAGGCCCCCGUCACCUGGAAGGCUUACAUGAUUUGCGCCUUCGCCUCCUUCGGAGGUAUCUUCUUCGGAUACGACUCCGGUUACAUCAACGGUGUUCUGGGUAACCAGAUCUUCAUCCGCAGCGUCGAGGGCGGUCCCGCCGACGCUGUCAACGAGUCCGACCAGUCCCUCAUCGUCUCUAUUCUGUCCUGCGGUACCUUCUUUGGCGCUCUCAUCGCCGGUGACGUCUCCGACUGGAUUGGCCGCAAGUGGACUGUCAUUAUCGGCUGCGCUAUCUACAUGUUUGGUGUCGUCAUCCAGAUGCUCACUGGUAUCGGCGCCCCCCUCGGUCCCAUCGUUGCUGGUCGUCUCAUUGCCGGUAUUGGUGUGGGUUUCGAGUCCGCCGUUGUCAUUCUGUACAUGUCUGAGAUUUGCCCCAAGAAGGUUCGCGGUGCUCUCGUUGCCGGCUACCAGUUCUGCAUCACUCUCGGUCUCAUGAUCGCAGCUUGCGUCGUCUACGGAACCAAGGACCGCCCCGACACUGGCGCUUACCGCAUUCCCAUCGCCAUCCAGUUCCCCUGGGCCCUCAUCCUCGGUGGCGGUCUCAUGCUUCUUCCCGACUCUCCCAGAUACUUCGUCAAGAAGGGCAGACUCUCGGAUGCUACCGACUCCCUGUCCCGCCUCCGCGGCCAGCCCAAGGACUCCGAGUACAUCCAGGUCGAGCUCGCCGAGAUCGUCGCCAACGAGGAGUACGAGCGCGCCCUGAUUCCCUCCACCACCUGGUUCGGCUCUUGGGCCCACUGCUUCAGCGGUGGCCUCUGGAAGUCCAACUCCAACCUGCGCAAGACCAUCCUCGGUACCUCUCUCCAGAUGAUGCAGCAGUGGACUGGUGUCAACUUCAUCUUCUACUACUCCACCCCCUUCCUCCAGUCCACCGGCGCCAUCGACAACACCUUCUUGAUCUCUCUGGUCUUCACCCUCGUCAACGUCUUCUCCACUCCUCUGUCCUUCUGGACCGUCGAGCGCUUCGGCCGCCGCACCAUCCUCCUCUGGGGUGCUACCGGCAUGUUGAUCUGCCAGUUCCUCGUCGCCAUCAUCGGUGUCACCGUUGGUUUCAACCACACUCACCCCGACCCUGCCGACGCAACCAAGAGCAUCGCCAACAACAUCCCCGCCGUCAACGCCCAGAUCGCCUUCAUUGCCAUCUUCAUCUUCUGGUUCGCUUCCACCUGGGGUCCCGGUGCCUGGAUUCUCAUCGGCGAGGUCUUCCCCCUCCCCAUCCGCUCCCGCGGUGUCGCUCUCUCCACCGCCUCCAACUGGCUCUGGAACACCAUCAUUGCCGUCAUCACCCCCUACAUGGUCGGUGAGAAGCGUGGCAACCUCAAGUCGUCCGUCUUCUUCGUUUGGGGCGCUCUCUGCACUUGCGCCCUGGUCUACACCUACUUCCUGGUUCCCGAGACCAAGGGUCUGUCUCUCGAGCAGGUCGACAAGAUGAUGGAGGAGACCACCCCCCGCACUUCCGCCAAGUGGAAGCCCCAUGAGACUUUCGCCGCCGCUGUCGCCAAGGACGGUGUCCUUGACAAGGCCGUUGUCGAGCACGACAUCCGCCGCACCGGCUCUAACGUCUAA